AUGUCUCCACCGUCGACAUAUUUACCCACACGACGAGUAUAUGAUGUCAAAGGUAAUCGAAUAAGAGAAACGAUCAAAUUCAAUGAUGAGCCAUGCCAUGGUCUUCCCCACAAUUCCUUGAACAAGGUGAAAGUUAAUGUCAAAAUUGCGGCCCUAACGUAUCCAACUGACUUUUACCACCAAUUGUACAAUGUCGUACCAAGUAAACGAAUAAUUGUCAAACGACAUCAUCGUGGAAGUAGCAGCGGUAGCGGUAUUGGCUCAACAAAACGAACAAAAUACUUGGUGUAUCCCUAUACCACAUGCAAGAUUGAAAACAUGCAUCAAGAACUACAAUGUUGUUGCAACUUAACUUACGGCGAGGAUUUGGAUGGUGGACUACAGGCAUCUUUAUAUGUGUCAGAGCUGCUACUAAUUCCCAUUCCAACAGGCGUAAGUUUACACGAUGUUUGCUUUAUUUGGGACAUUGCAUUACCGUUCUACAUUUACUCGGGUCAUAUUACUAAUAAGACGUGCGUCAUAUUAAAUGACAUCAAACGGGAAAUAAAUGAAGUGUUGAUUACUUUAAAUCACUUGAACAUUGAUCAGCGUAACAUUACAAUUCUUGAUGAAAGGACAUUUUCACUGAAACAUGGCGACACAUUUGACACAGUCUUUUGCUUUAAUGCAAAGUUAAUUCAAUUCGCCGAGUUUUGCUGCCAACAUCAGCUGCAACAGAAACAAUACCAGAAAUCAGCAACGGGAUUGAGAUCUGAAUCGCAGCUUCAACGACGGUCAAAAAUACUAACCAAUUUUCCCAUUGUUGCAAAAUCAAACGAUAAAACAUAUCAUUACAUGAAACUUGCAUACGAUGAUCGAAAAUCCUGUGUUGAGCUAUUGCAAGUUAUUCGGGAUUUGAACAUCACUCGAGUCAAAGAAAAUGGACCAAACAGUUCUUCUUCACAACCAAGAAACAACUCAACCAGCACGACAUUGUCAUCGACAUCAACAUCUACCUCGGAUGCCAUAUCACUACGACAAGAGCUUCACGAUGAUAACCAGUCACUAACAACUACGCUCGAUUCUAGCCACGACGAGUAUAAAUAUAGCAAGGGCCAUUGUUCUUGGUUUUGGUGUGACGAUGAUGUUGAUUUAACAAAUUACAACGACUUGAGUCUCACUAUGGACCAGAGCUUUGAAGAUGACGAUAGCACAUGUUGUGAAGAUGAAGGAGUAUUUGAAAGUGCUGCCGUACAUGACAUGAACAAAAAGCUAGUUGAUGGUAAAUCCCAUCGUAUUUGCUACUUCAAUCGGAACGUAAAGUCUAAUGUUAAUGCUAGUAUUAUAUAA